AUGGGGCGGAAUCAGCACAAGCCCAUCCCUCCUGCAGAGGACCUUCAACCAUUCAUUGCUAAGUACUGGAAGCAAAAUAAGUCCGAUGUUGCUAUCCUUGCUCUCCUCAAGAAACAUCAUAUUGAUCUCUCCAAGUAUGGACUGGAAAUUGCAUCGUUCCGUAAAAUUCGUGAAAAGUUGGGGUAUAUUCGAGCUCGAGCACAAGGUCACACGGUUGAAUCUAUUGUGACUCCGAUUUCCAAACUUCGCAUCACUUAUCCAAAGGCUGGAGGUCGAGAGAUGGUCAGCCUCCUCUUUCAUGAGGAGAACAUCCGGGUUGCACGUGAGACAGUGAUGCACUAUUUUCGUGUCUAUGAGCCAGAUUUAGUCCGAGAACGCCGACAGCGCCAUUUCAAACGCAAGCGCUUCUGGGCUGCUGGUGCUAAUGAUAUCUGGGCUGUAGACCAACAUGACAAGUGGAAGUACAAGUUCGGUCUUGCACUUCACACCGGCAUCGAUCCUUUCCUUGGUCUCAUUCAUUGGAUGAGGAUCUGGUGGAACAAUAACAAUCCUCGACUUAUUCUUAGUUACUAUCUUGAUGUGAUCAAGAAUCUUGGAGUUAUGCCACUUGUGUCUCAGAGUGAUCCAGGCUCAGAGAACGUUGGGCUUGCUAACGGACACACUCAGCUUCGACACUAUCAAGAUCCCUCUCUGGUUGGAACAUCACAACAUUGCUGGAUGCGCGAGAAGAAGAAUGUCAAGCCAGAGAUUACUUGGAGCCAGAUGCGUCGCCGAUUCACACCAGGCUUUGAGGAUAUCCUCGAUUUUGGUGUGAAUCAAGGAUGGUAUGAUCCUGGUGUUCUUCUUGAAGCUCUCGUGUUCCGCUGGGUUUUUAUUCCGUGGCUACAGGCAGAACUAGACAACUACCGAAAUCGCGUCAAUAAUACUGCCAAACGACAUGACCGCAACAAAAUUCUUCCAAAUGGUGUCCCCAGCCACAUGUUCGAAUUUCCCGAAGACUACGCAAUUCUCGACUUCAAGAUCAAAGCUGAUCCUGUCGGGAUUCAGAAGGUUCGUGACAUGUAUGCGCCUCCCGACCACGAGAUUUUCCAGCUCGUUCCAUUGGAUUUCGAGGUUCUCAUCUCCCAGAUAUAUCGGGACAUUGGAGAGCCUCCGGUUAAUCGGAAGAGCUGUUGGGAGGUGUAUCGACGACUACUGUCCGAAUUCAACAAGCUCAAUGAGCUUCACGUGAUGCAUCAGAGCGCACACUGGACCCGGGCAUUAGAAAUGGCGUCCAACGAGUAUCCAGACAAGAUUGAGGUCCUCCCGAACCUGAAGGAGCUGCGAGGAGGUGAAGACGUUGUUGGGCCUGGCGCGUACAUGGGCGGCGUCAAUCAGGAUCCCCAACAUUAUGCAAGACUCGGUGAAAUGCUCAAUGAAAUUGAGCCAGAUCUCGGCCCUGUCGAAGAGGAGCCUGAGAGCUUGUAUGCAUGGUUUUCGGACGAGGAAGAUGAUUUAGUAGCAGACGGGGAUUGGGACCGCGUUCUGAAGUAUGCGGGGCGGGUGAAACGGCUGUUGACUCUGAAUUCGGGGGAGCCCCCUUCAAUAACUCAGCGUUGCAUGGAGAUGCUCCACAUGACAAUGCCUCCAGGCUCGGGGUCGUUGCUCUUCCCCCACCUCGUCUCGCUAUCAUGGUGCGAGUCCCAAGGCAUGACACACCUCCAUGUCCUCCUUUCGCCCCGCCUUCGAACGCUCGUGUUGCGCUGCCUGCAAGCUGACCAGCAAGCACUCUUCUUCUCUGCGCUCCCUAUCAUUGCUGCCCGGUGCCCGCUGCUGCGCGACGUAGUUUUGGAUGUGGAUCUCGACGAGCAGGAUCGUCUCUCGGCAGACAGCGUGAAUACGUCGUUGGUACACUUAUUCCGGACUUUGGGGAACCUCGAGCGAUUGGAUGUGCCCUUACUCGAUGCGAAGACGCUCCAGGCUAUCGCGGCGGUGUCGAAUCUCAGGAAACUGACGCUAUCAGUCAUCCCCGGAGCAGACUUCACCGACCUGAGUGAGUGGCCGUGCAGUUUCGUGCACCUGCGUGCGCUGUCUGUUCAAGAGAUCACAAUCGACCUUGCUGUGAAACUCGUGGAGCUGUGCGCUGGAUCACCAAUGGAGGUACUCCAACUUACGUGGACCUCUGGACCGUCCCCUGGCCAUUCGAAUCUGCCCGCCUUGACGAAAGCCAUGGCGGCAAACGAGGAGUGGCGGCACUCGCUGGUCUCAUUGACCGUUAAAUUCGACCAGUACGUCACGGAAACCCCGGUAGCCACUCCGCAAGGCAUCGCCUUCUCCGUCCUCGAGCCUCUAAUCGUCUUCACGGAACUACGCACCCUCUGCAUUACUACGCCGGACCCCCCGUCACUCACGAGCCCCGAGCUACGCGAAGCGACCGCCGGCUGGUCGCGUCUGGAGUCCCUCACGCUGGAACCGUGGAGCCCAUUUUGCGCUGUGCCCGAGACGCACAUCCAGUCUCUUGCCUGCGUUGUGCAGAACUGCCCUGCGCUGCUCACCCUCACCAUCCGCCCGCUCCGAACGGCCGGGCUUGUGCUUUCGGACGCACUCGCAGGCUUCAAGUACGAACCGCCGUUCUCCCCACUCAAGACGCUGGAUGUGGGCCGGUCGCCGCUCGAGUCGGAGCCAACGCCGACGGACAUAGCUCAGUUCUUAUCGGCGUUGUUUCCGAAUCUGGAAGAGCUUUGGUUUUCACCAGAGAUCACGGAGCCGAUUUUGCAUCCUGGGAACCCUGCGGCGAAUGAUAGUGCGUGGAAGGGACGCUGGGAUUGGGUGCAGCAACUGAUACUUGUGCUGUGUGAAGUGCGGGAGGAGGGGAGGACAGGUGUCUUUUUCUGAACGAGCACUCCCACGAAUCACACGAGGGGGUAUUGAAACCUGGCUCCACUGAUACUGUGUUUUCCAAUCUUCCGAUCUUAUCCGUAGAGUUGAGCUCUGGUCUUGGAUAGUGAAACGGAGCCUUGAAUGAUGUCAUCGGCGUAUGGACGGCGAAGUCUGACGAUGCAUGUGCCCCGAACGCCGUUUUGCUUUCAUUUGACGCGUCGAACAGACCAAGUAUCCUCGUGGUCCCAGUACAGGUCAAUAAUGGUCACACGUACAUCCCGCUUGACCAAGCGACAGUUGCUCACAGAGGCACACACAGGAUUAUCUAAGACGGUAUGGCGCAGAGGAUGUGUCUGCUUACGCCGUCGGACCGCCUAUUUAUACCCCAGCAAGCAAGCCAUGUGUUUCCGCCACGGAUCUGUGUGGAUGACAGCUGGCUGACGGUCGGUAGGUAAUCCGGAUCCGGAAACAGUGCGGGGACAGCCGCUGCUGUAAAAAACGGCACUAACUAUGUAGAUACCGGUCUCUCGUACAGCCUUCCCAUCUCCCUACCUUCUUCUUCCCGCUUCUGCUUUUUCACUAUUUCCUUCUCUCGCUGGGCGCAGAGCAUCGUUUCUCCUGUUUUCCGCUCUUUUCAUUCCUUCCUCGUGAUAUUCUCGUCCCGGCGCGCUUGAGGCGACGUUUCUCCGCCUCAACGCACACGACACGUCGAAGCAGCAGCAUGUCGAUGAAGAGCCUCAUCACACUCGACCCGUUCGAUGCCACCCACGCGCUGGUCACGUCGCCGUUCGUCUCCCCGCGUGCACUCGCGACCGUCCGCCUUGCUGUCGGAGUGUACACAUUCUGCACGCUGGUGGUCAGCCUCAUCGGGGAUGGCACCGGGUUCUUCUCGUACUUCACACAUCUAUCGUAUACGGGCUUGUGCGCAUACUUCUUUGCAUCGGGAACGCAAACGCUCGUGUAUGCGAUGAGGCUUGGCACGAUGAAGGCGCGGAUGGAUGUGGACGUGGAAUACCCGCUGCAGCGCUGGCCGCGUGCGUUACGGCUCCUGCACCUCGCGCUGCUUUCGACAAUCAGAGUCUUCCCGAUUCUGGUCUCUGUGGUUUUCUGGGGUGUGAUCUCCAACGGACAUACGUUCGAUAGCUCGUAUGACACGUGGUCCGCAAUCUCCGUUCACUUGCUGAAUUCGGUCUUCGCUCUAUUCGAGAUAUUCUUCACCAACACCCCGCGCUCCGAGUGGAUCUUCCUUCCGUUGGGACUGCUGCUCCUGGCGAUGUACGUCGGCGUCGUGUACAUCACACAUGCUGUGGAGGGUUUCUACGCGUACAAGUUCAUGGCACCGAACGGCAAGCCCCUGUCUCUUGCGCUGCAUAUUCUCGCGGUGGGCGCGGCUUACGUCGUCUGCUUUGUCGUUGUCCAUGGCUUCGUGGCGGGGAGGCAGUGGCUCGUUGCCAGAUCGCGGAGUGCUUCCGAUCAGAACAGUACACUGCAGCGAGCUGAGUCUGAUCUGAGCGAGAUGGGGGAGAUGAAGGUUUGAGGCGUUUGUUCCAGUGCUUCUAUCUUUGGACUCAUUUAACUACUUUCGUAUGGCAUUCCUUGUCCCAUUAGAUUAUACGCGGACGGAAUGGGUUCAGGCUUAGAUAACUGCUUACUGGAUAAAUGUGGGGAAUGAGAUAACCCUGGCGAAAACGCCGCCCUAUCCGACUUUAGCUCAGUUGGAAGAGCGCAAGACUGUAAUGGAAACCCAACAUAUCAUCUUGAUGCCACCCGUUCGAUCCGGACCCGUUACGUCUCUACAAUUCGUCGCUAUUACUUUGACACCGAGGCUCCGCUUCGGAAUGAACACAGGAGUAUGGGGGUACCUGAGGUCACUGAGCCUUGAGAUCUUCUCCUGUGCUGUUGCAAGCGUUUGUCGAUCAUGUUGGCGUCCGGAGUCUCGUGUUCUGUGUCAAGUUUCAUUUUAAUUGGAGACGCUGAGAGAACGAGAGUCAUAAAAAGUUUC